AUGGCGACGGCAGCUGUUGACGUUGGCUACCUUGCCGCGUCCUAUUCCGUCCCGGAAACAACCAUCCAGUCCUUACUAUCAGAACCCACCGUCGACCUCGUCCAAUCGCUGCUCGUGCAAAUCGAAGCAAAAGCGCGCGAGUUCGAGGACCUCCAAUCCGAAAAGCUCAAGGCCGACGUCGAGCUUGACAAUGCCGUCCAGAGCGGAGAGCAGCGCGCGCGCGCGCUGAAGGCUGCCGCAGACAAGGCGCAGAAGGAAACAGAAGAGCUGCGGCAGAAGGCCGCCCAGGAAGGUGCGAGACUUGCAGAGACGGCGCGAAAGCAGCUAGAGGCCCAGCUGCACGACAUCCAGACGAGCACCGCAACCUCGUCAUCCCAAGUUGACGUGCUAGAGUCGCGCAUUAGGACACUCGAGUCCCAGAACCGCGACACGCUUGCGACAUACGAGACAAAGGCCACCGCCUACGACCGCCUUGCCAAGGAGCUGUCCGAGCAGCACCAGAAAUACGUCGACCUGCGCAAGUCCCUUUCCGCCUUGGAAGAGAAGAACCAGUCGCUCGAGAGCGCCGCCAAUAAUGUCAAGUUCCGCGAGACCAACCUGCAUCAGGAGAUUGAGCUCCUCCGCAAGAACACCGACUGGUACGAGACCGAGCUCAAGACGCGUAGCAGCGACAACACCAAGUUCCGAAAGGAGAAGAACGCCCAGGUCGCCGAACUCCAGCGCGCCAACGCCGACGCCGCCGAGACCAUCGACUCACUGCAACGAACCGAGACACUGCUGCGCAAGCACUUCGACGAGCUAAAGGCCAAGGCAGAGGAAGAUCGCACGCGCAUCCAACAGCUUGAGGACGAUGCUGCGAACAACGAGGCCAACUUCCGCAGCGAGCUCGAAAACGUCAAUCGACUUGCGGCCAUGCACAAGAAGACGGCGGACAUGGCCAAGAAACGAUUGGAGGAGAUUCAAGCUGAUUUGAGCCGGCUGGAAGAGAGUGCUGCAGAAGAAGUCGGGCAGUUGCAGGCUGAAGUGGAAAUCGAACGCAACCGCGCCACUGAGGCAGAGGCCAGUGUCGCCAACCUGGAGUCCCUCGUCGAGAACCUGGAGCGCGAAGCCAACCAGUUCAAGCACUCUGUGCAUGCACCUGCCACACCACGACGGCCCACGAAUGGCGCAUAUGGCACACCCGGCCGCGCAGGUUCCCCUGCUGUCUUCUCACCGGGCGGCUCACAGCUGAAGGGCCUCACCAAUACCAAGAUUCUUGCCGAGAAUGCGACCCUCAAGGAGCAGCUGCGCGACGCUCGCGAUGAUAAUGAACAGAAGACGGCUAUGAUACGGAGCAUGGUUGACGAGAUGGAGCGCCUGGACCCCGCUGUUGACGAGCUUCGCCGCACAAACGAGACCCUCACAACGCAGAUCACCGACAUGGCGAGCGAUCUUGAGGCUGCUGUGGCAGAGAAAGACGCGGCGCGGAAGGAAGAGCGCAAAGCUCGUGGCGACUUGGAGGGCACCCGACGCGAAUGCUCGCAGCUGCAGAUCCACGUGCAGGAUCUCACCGUGCAGCUCCGAUCUCUCAUGUGGCGACAACAAGCAGCAGAGCAGGGCCUCGCAACCCUUACUGCCGACCAGCAACAGUUCGUUCUCAACUCCGAAAACAACGAGCUUCCCGAGACAGAACGUUACGGCGAGACAGCGACUGACAACAUCAUCUCGCAACAUCUUGUGCUGUACAAGAACAUUUCGGACCUUCAAAAGCAAAACGCCGAGCUCUUACGCAUGAUCCGCGAGGUGGCCCAGCAACAUGAAGGCACAGAAGCUCGAAGCCAGGAAGCACAAGUCAAGAAGGACCAGGAGGAACUCAUCACACUACGAACUCGCGUCGUGGAAUUUGAGGAUCAGCUCAAGUCGCUGCAGAUCCGCACGCAGAGCUACAAGAAGGAGCGAGACAUGUACCGUCAAGUAGCCACCAGUCGAAACCUUCCGCUGCCGGAGUCGGACGGAGCAUCUGCUUUUGGUCAAUCUUUCAACAGCCAGGCGCCAAUGACACCCCUGCGCGGCCUUGGAGGUUCGCUAUUCAACGACCAGACACCGCGCGCUGGCGACGUGAAUGGAGUCGAAAAAACCCAGGUAGACACCCUCAAGGAAGAAAGUGCCACCGAUCGUGCGACGCUGAAGUCUCAAGUGGAGACUCUUUCCAAGGACAACAACCAGUUACAGAGCGAAAAGAUCCGACUAGACAGCCAAAUCAGACGGGAGCAGGACCACUACGCUCGUCUCGAGAGCACAGUCAAGAUGCUAGAAUCGGAGAAGAAUACUCUGCAGGAGCGUUACUACAGCAUUCAAACAACGCUGGCUAAACAAGAUGACAAGGUUGUCCGAGCAGAGCAAGAAGCCGUGGAUGCCGUUGCUCGUAUGGAGAGCCUGGAACAUGAGCUUGUGAACCUCAAAGCCUCGCAGUCGAUGUGGCAGACCAUUGAGGCACGCUUGACGGAGCGUAACCAGGAGCUGAUGGAUGAGCGUGACCGCCUGAGCAAAAUGGUGACGGACGUCCAAAGCCUGCGAAACGAGCAAGAGCUGGCUAAUGCCGAGAACCGGCGCCGGCUCCAGGACCGUGUCGAUGCUUUAGAGGGCGAAUUGCAGAUCGCGCAGCGCAAGCUGGAGGAUGAAGUUGCCGAGCACAAGAAGGCGUCCUUACAGCGCGACUAUGAGCGCAGUGAAGCUCAAAAGCGGAUCGAAGACCUUAUGAAAGCCAGGAAUGAGGCCGAUGUGCGAUGUGCUGCCGCAGAUGCUGCCCGCCAACAACUUGAGCAGCGGACCAACGAACUGCGGACCCAGCUUCAAGCUGCUGAAGAUCGUGUUCAGGCUCUGCAGCCAAUUCCAACACCUCGAGCUGCCGCAGCUCAGGAUACCGAAGAGUCGACUCGUGAGGAAGAGCUUGUUGCUCAAGUGGCUGACCUUCAGCGCAAACUGGACCGCAAGCAGGAAGACCUCGAUGCCGCCACGGCUCAAAUUGAGGGUUUCCAGAACAUUGCGCAGGAGGCCGAGGAGGCUCUUCAAAACGCGAUCGAAACACGAGACGAUCUGCAGACCGAGUUGGACCGUGUGCAAGAGGAGAAGGAUGCAAUUAUUGCCGAUCUUCAACGCAGAGUUGACGACAUCUCAUCAGAGUUCACAACUACCAACUCUGAACUUACUGAGCUCCGAGGCCGCCACGAGCAGGAGACUAUGCGCCUGAGCCAAGAAAAGGAGGCACUCGACGCAGAGAUCAUUAAUCUCAAGAACGACGUAAACGACUACAAGGCAGAGGCCGAGAGGCAGACGCAGUACGUCAAAUCUCAGGCUGAAAUUGCGACACGCGCUCGACAGGACUACGAGCAUGAGCUUGCCAAGCAUGGUGACACCAUGAAUUCGUUGCGCACGCUCAGAGAAGAGUACAACAGCAUCAAGUCUGAAGUCUCGCAAUUCAAGACUCAGGCUGAGGCUGCUCGCACUGCCCUUGAGCAAAACGAAGAGAACUGGAAGUCGACCCAGGUCCGAUAUGAGAACCAACUUAUUGAGGCGAAACGCAACUACGACGAUCUGAAGCAGCACAACAAGACUCUGCUAGAACAAUUCGACAACUACAAGGCACAGAUCAACGACUUGAAGAGCAACCGUGCAGCGGCUACUGGCGACUCAGCUGGCGAGGCAGCAGGUUCAAACAAGAUAGAUGAAAUUACCACUUUCUUGAAGCAAGAGAAGGACAUCUUGGAGGCGCAAUUGAGCGUGAAGGACUCAGAAGCCAAGCGCCUAAAUUCAGAGCUUACGCACGUUCAAAGCCAACUCGAUCAAACGCGCGAGAAGUUGCACGCCGAGCAGUCACGUGCCCGAGGCUCGCUUGGUGGAACGAACCUUCAAGCUCUCCAGAACCAGAUCGAGCAACUCAACGUCUUCCGCGAAAGCAACACGACGCUGCGGAACGACGCUGCGCGCCUAGAGGCCAAGCUUGCCGAGAAGAACAAGGAGUUUGAAACUCUCCAUGGCGAACUUGAGCCCCUCAAAGCACGCGUGGAAGAGCUCGAAGGCGAACUUGAGCUUACAUCAGGCUAUCUGGAACAAGAGAAAAAGCAGCGGGACUACUGGGAAAAGCGCUUUGACAAGUUUGUCAACAAAUCUGAGCACAUUGAUCCAAAGGAAAUGGACGACCUCAAGAAGACUGUCGAAGAGAUCAAGGCUGAGCGCGAUCAGUAUGCCGAACAAAUCAGUGGUCUCAAUGAACAUGCUACCGGCCUGCAAGAAAAGAUCAAGACUCUUGAAGGCGGCGUAGAGGCCGCUGUCAAGGCCGCCAAUGAAGCACAAAAAGAAGAACUCAGGGGCAAGUUCAACAAGCGACACAAGCAGCUGAUGGAGGCUGCGAUGGAAACGAAGAAGAGCGAGAUCGAUGCUCUCACAGUCGAGCGUGAUCAGCUGCAGACAACAUUGACGACCGUGCAACAGGAGCUUGAGACUUCACGACAGCAACUUGCCGAUGCCCAAGGCCAAGCUACCCAGUCCCAAGAGCAGGUUGCGACGAUGCAGCAGCAAGUGACUCAGUUGCAGGCACAAGUGGCGACUGUCCAGCAAGAGCUGGUAGCUACCAAGUCUGCUCGCGAUGAAGCUACAGCUCGUACUAAUGCUGGUGUCAAAUCGACUGCAGACGUCGAUAUGGGCGAAGAGGGCCAAGUAGACGAAAGCGGUGCUCAGGGCUCGGACCAACGUCUCGCAGAGCUACAACAAAAGCUUGAGGAAGUCAAGGCCCAGUUGGCCGAGGCGCAGAACAGGGCUUUUAGCGCAGAGAACGAUUACUCCGCCUUGAAAGUGAAGGAGUCUUUCAUGCGAGACCAGGUCACAAAGCUAGAGAAAGACGAUGCUGACAAGGCCAACCGCAUCGUUGAACUUCAAGAACAACUCACCUCCGCACAGAACCAAGCAGCCCAGUCUGGUUCUGCCGGUGCCGUCGAUGCACCUCCGGCUAACCCUCCUUCCACCGAAGAACUCGACACUCUCCGGGAACAACUAUCAGAAGCACGCAAGGCUCUCGAAGAUGCGCGCGCCAAUACUCAGAGCGUGACCGUUACCGCUUCGAACCCAAGUAACGAUGUCACGGCUGAUGCUGCACAAGGCGAUGCAGAGAACGUCACCCUGAAGGCAGAGUUAGAUGAGCGCGAGAACAAACUGCAGGAAGCUGAAGCUGCUUUGAGUCAGCGUGAGGUCAAGGUCACCACCCGCGAGGGCAAGGUCACCGAGAUUCAGAAAAAAGCCCAAGACAAGAUACAUUCGAUCAGGAGUGAAUCGAACGACAAAAUCGCCGCGGUCACCAAGGAAAUGAACGAGGAGAUCGAGCGACUCAAGACGGAGAUCGCAGGGUUGCAGGCAGAAAUCAACAGACUCAAGGAGACACAGCAACAACCUACCGGAAGCAACAACGCCACUGUCGUCUACAAGAAUCUUCUUGAUGAAGAGAUGCCAGCUUUGGUAGAAGUCAAUACGGAAGGCCUUACACGCCCUACUGUAACAGCGCAAGAGUUGAAACUCUGGAUCAAUACCAACCCAGCUGCCAGAGGAGUCAUCAUAGAGCAGAUCAAGAAGCACAUCGACCCCCUCAAAGAGCAGCUGAAGACCAAAGAGGCGGAGCUGGCGCAGCUGAAUGCGCAAUUGAAAGACGCUGCACAGAAGCCGACCGAGACUAUCAAAUCGGAACCGAGCCAGGUACAGAGCUCAGGUCAGGAUGUCGAGGCUGCACUCACAAAAGCCAAGGUAGAGCAUCAGCAAGCUCUAGAGAAGGCAGUGAAAAUGGUCGAGAUGCGAAACAACAUCAAGACCGGCAUGCUGCAGGCUGGCAAGGACAGGUGGACCGCCGUCGAGAAGAUUUCAAAAGAGUCACCCACGAUGGAAGUAAGCAAGGCGGUCAUCGCAGCAGUCGAGGAGGCGAAGAAGCCAAAACCUUCAGCAACAACCCCGGCACAGCAACCACCGACGUCGUCUGUCGCCGGGCUGCCACUACCUGCUGCUGCACCAAACCAAUCACCAGCACAGCCGAUUGCAGCGAACAAUCUUCAAGCAAAUGGAACCAGCGCACCCUUCCAACAGCCGAAUUUUGCUAAUCAGUCUUUGCAAAAUUCUGCCGCCAAUCCCUUCAUGGCUGCCCAACAGGGACGCGGUAUUGCACAGCCUGGCUUUACUGGCCAGAAUCCGUUCGUCGCUCCUCAACAACAGCAGCAACAGCAGCAGCAAGGUGGUCGCGGACGCGGUGAAAACGUGGGGACCGGACCUCGCGCACUCCAAGGACUGUUUGGCAACAAUCAGUCGAGCAUCCCACGUGGCGGCGCAAGCAACAUUCCCCUUCCAGGUGGACGAGGUCGUGGUGGUCAGCCACAACAGCAACAGCAGCAGCAGCAGCUUCAGCAAAACCAGAACCAGCAGCCCACCAACAACGCCCAAGGUCCUGGAGCUUCGCAGAUCGGACGCGGUGGUGCACGUGGAGGUCGGGGAGGAGGUGCUCGCGGCGGUGCACAGUCGAAUCAAGGCAGCCCUCGCAAUAGUCUGAACCCAGGCGCGGCUCCAUUCCAAGCACUACCAACGCCAGGCAUGGGACGUGGCCACAAGCGCAGCGCUGAAGACGAGGGCGAAGGCGGCGCGAGAGGCGGGAAGAGGGCUCGCGGACGUGGUGGACAAGGAGGUGGAGGUGCUCCCCAAGGAGAAUAA